GGAAGCGGGCGGGGGACGGUGGCCGAAGAGGGACGCGACAAGCCGGGGGCUGCACCAUGAUGCGGUUUAUGCUGCUGUUCAGCCGGCAGGGAAAGCUGCGGCUGCAGAAGUGGUACCUGGCCACGUCCGACAGGGAACGCAAGAAGAUGGUCCGGGAGCUGAUGCAGGUGGUUCUGGCCCGCAAGCCCAAGAUGUGCAGCUUCCUGGAGUGGAGGGACCUCAAGGUUGUCUACAAGAGGUAUGCCAGCCUCUACUUCUGCUGCGCCAUCGAGGGCCAAGACAAUGAGCUCAUCACCCUGGAGCUGAUCCACCGAUACGUCGAACUGCUGGACAAGUAUUUUGGCAGCGUGUGCGAGCUGGACAUCAUCUUCAACUUCGAGAAGGCGUACUUCAUCCUGGACGAGUUCCUCAUGGGCGGGGACGUGCAGGACACGUCCAAGAAGAGCGUCCUGAAGGCCAUCGAGCAGGCCGACCUGCUGCAGGAGGAGGACGAAUCACCACGGAGCGUUCUGGAGGAGAUGGGACUGGCCUAAUCCUCUCCCCCCACCCCCCAUCCCCACCCCCCGCAGUGCCUUGGUUGCGGAGCCAGGGAAGGGGCUGCUGGGACUGCUCCACUUCCCCCGGACCCUCUGUGGGACAGGCUGCCCCCUCCCCACUCUCCCUGCCUCUCGGCUUCCUCUUGGGAUGAGCUGUGCUCUGGAGCCCCGCUCUCCCUUCCCCGUCCCCCACCCCUCCUCUCCCUCCCCCCCCAUCCCUUUCCCUCCACCCGCACCGUCCGACUCAUUCCAAGGAGCUCCCCUCCUUUCCUCUUUUUUUUGGAGAGGGGGCGGGGGCCGACGGGGUCCAACUCUGACCUCCCCCACUCCAAAUCUCUUCCCCUUUCUCCGGUGGCGUUGGAAGAGCCCCCCCAUCCCCCAGGCCUGCCCUCCUGUUCCCCAUCUCCACCUCCCCCAAACGGUGUAAAUAUAUAAAUAGGAUGCGAGAUUAAGGGGAAGGGGUCCUCCCUCUCCCCGGCUAGGUGGGCCGGGCCCCUGCCCCCUCUCCCCUGCUUCCUGCUCCCCGGAGGGGAAGUUUGCUCCACACAGCGGGGCACGGGAAGCGAGGGGACCCCCUUCCUCAUUCCCACUCCUCUUCCCCGACGGCAGCAUCCGAAAUCGAAGCGUGAACGAUCCAGUUCCCUGGGGAAGGUAGCAGGCCCAACCUCGCAGAGGUUCCCCUCCUCUAUCUCCCCUCAAGACGGCUGAUUUUUCUAAUCUUGUAAUUUUGUGAGGGGUGAGGGUGGGGGUCCAAUGGUCCCCCCACCUGCCCUCCCCGCCCCUUCCCUCGGCGCCUUGACCCCCCACCCCUCCCCAGAUGCCCGGGAGGGCGCAGGGGGGUUGCUGAGGACAGGAGCUGGCUGCAGGGCAGUUUCCUCAGAAAUAAAAGGAAAAUGGUUUCUGGAU